AUGGCCGGCCUACCUGACGAAAAAAUCGUUGAAGCCCACGGAUCUUUUGCUAAGUCAAAGUGUCUUAAUUGUUUUACAGAAGCCGAUCCAGAUUGGGUUAAGGAGGCGAUUUUCAAAGAUGAAAUACCAAAGUGUUUAUCUUGUAAAAACGGAUUGGUCAAACCCUGUAUCACAUUUUUUGGUGAAUGUUUGCCUAGUAAAUUUUUCGAUUACCUGGACGAUACUAGUUAUUGUGAUCUUCUCAUCGUCAUCGGAACUUCUUUGAAAGUUCAACCGUUUGCCAGUUUAGUUGAUCAAGUGGAACCACCCACUCCACGUUUAUUGAUUAAUCGCGAACCCAUCUUCGGGUAUUUUGAUUUUGACGAAGCCGAUUCCGAAAAGACACGUGAUGCCUUCUAUCAGGGAAAUUGUGAUGAUGGCGUUAGGAAACUUGCGGAACUGAUAGGGUGGCAGGAUGAACUAGAAGAACUUUACACAAAUGGUCAUUCCAAACUUUUGGGUCGCACACUCACCACAAUAGAUCAGAUAACCGAAAAAUUAAGUGAAGUUUCAAUUUCCAAAGAGGAGACGAAUUUUUGUGACGAUGAGGAGGAUAAACUUAACUCGGAGGAGACGCUCGAUCAUACCGAAGAAGUGUCCGGCGAUGUCGAUGUUGACAAAUUGUCCAAAGAUUUGCAAAAUAUUUCUAUAGAUGCCUCCGUCGAUGCGUCGGGUGUGAAGAUCGAAGGUAGAAAAGAUGCAAUUGCCGAGUUGACAGCAGCAUAA